AUGGCUGAUUCGGACGAAGAGUACGUUGGUGAAGUUUCCGACGAAGAAAAUGAUAUCAACGGUAUCCGAUAUGCCCGGGAAACGGCGCCUGUAUCCCGCCCUAAACGGAGAAAGCAGCGCGGGGGUGCUGAAUGGGAGGUUUCGAGAACUUGGGAGACCUUGGUCGAGGGUGCAGAUGGCACAAUCAGCUCUACUGUUGAAGGACUUUUAGAAGCCGGGAAAAGGAAGAGACUUUUAAGAGAUACAACACCAUUGCAACGUGGUAUAAUCCGGCAUCUCAUCUUGAUUCUGGAUUUGUCCCAGUCUAUGGCCGAGAAAGAUCUAAGGCCGACGCGAUACCUUCUUUCCCUGCGAUAUGCACAAGAAUUCGUGCGGGAAUUUUUUGAGCAGAAUCCCAUAUCCCAACUUGGCGUGCUUGGCUUGAGGGAUGGUCUUGCAAUCCGGGUCAGUGAUAUGAGUGGCAACCCUACGGAGCACAUCAGUGCUAUACAGGCUCUGAGGGAUCAUGACCCCAAGGGCCUUCCUAGCUUGCAGAAUGGGCUUGAAAUGGCGCGUGGUGCUUUAUUUCAUACUCCUAGUCAUGGAACCCGAGAAGUAUUUGUGAUCUUUGGAUCUCUCCUUUCCUCCGAUCCGGGCGAUAUACAUCAGACGAUCACCACGUUGAUAAAUGACAAGAUCCGUGUCAGAAUUGCUGGUUUGGCCGCUCAGGUGGCUAUUUGUCGUGAACUCUGCUCUAGGACUAAUGCAGGCGACGACACCACGUAUGGCGUGGCGCUCAACGAGCAGCACUUUCGCGAGUUAAUGAUGGAUGUAACGACACCGCCUGUGACAUAUUCCCAAAAACAAACCACAAGCUCCCUUUUGAUGAUGGGGUUUCCGUCCCGUACUGUCGAGACGUGUCCCUCUCUGUCAAAGUCUGUGGGCUCCCUGCUGAAUGCCCCUCUUGCGGUCUUACGCUUAUACUGUCGACGCAUCUUGCGCGAUCUUAUCAUCAUCUGUUUCCGCUCAUGA